CUUACUUAUUAACGACAACCUUACUUAUUAACACAACAUUACUGAAAAAAUUCCAUCUAAGAGCUAUAAUUAAGUGUAAACGAAAUAUUACAAGAAAAUCAGGGUAUAAAAACUAUAGUUAGAUUCAUAAAUAAAAAAAAUAUAGUUAGUUUUUUUCUUUAAUAAUCUUAGUUGGGAUAUAAGGUUGGGUGGUUAAUCAAUUACUAUGUGUGGAUAUUAUUUUAAAAAGGUCCCGAAAAUUAUUCCACUCCUAUAUAUUAUUAAUAUAUUACUUUCCUUCUUCUAUAAAGAACAUACACGUCUUGAAGCAAUCAGCCACUCUUGGGUUUUGGUUUUAUCCGAAUCGCCAAUCAUUCCCCUCCCAAGCAACCACCUUCCCUCCCGCCUCAUCGGAAAAAGCUUAGGUGAGUCGUCGGGGACAUGACGAUUUCAGCUGCCGCCGGCAUCUCCCUGUUAAUCCCGCUCCUCCUCCUAGCUCUCUCCACUACCAGCACAGUCAGCUCCGCCAGGCCAGAUAAAGCAGAUGACGUCAUCCAGCUGCCCUCAUCCGCUUCCAGGUUUUUCCGCUCCGGUGGCGUUGACGACGAUGCCGACUCUACGGGGACUAGGUGGGCGGUGUUGAUCGCCGGAUCCAGUGGAUACUGGAAUUACAGACACCAGGCUGAUGUCUGUCACGCCUACCAGAUUCUCAAAAAGGGUGGUCUGAAAGAUGAAAACAUCAUUGUUUUCAUGUAUGAUGAUAUUGCUUAUAAUGUAGAGAACCCGAGGCCUGGAGUGAUAAUCAACAGUCCACACGGCGAUGAUGUUUACAAAGGCGUUCCGAAGGAUUAUACCGGGGAAGAUGUAACUGUGGGAAACAUUUUCGCUGCAAUCCUUGGUGACAAGUCUGCUCUGACUGGGGGCAGUGGUAAAGUUUUGGACAGUGGUCCGAAUGAUCAUAUUUUCAUCUACUACACCGAUCAUGGAGGUCCCGGGGUGCUAGGAAUGCCUACCAGCCCAUACAUGUAUGCCGAUGAUCUGAAUGAUGUUUUGAAAAAGAAGCAUGCUUCUGGAACCUAUAAAAGCUUGGUCUUCUAUCUUGAAGCUUGUGAAUCUGGAAGUAUCUUUGAGGGUCUUCUUCCCGAGGGUUUGAAUAUUUACGCUACCACUGCUUCAAAUGCUGAAGAGAGCAGCUGGGGAACGUACUGUCCUGGAGAUUAUCCUAGUCCACCGCCAGAAUAUGAAACCUGUUUAGGUGACUUGUACAGUGUUGCUUGGAUGGAAGACUGCGAUGUACACAAUCUGCGGAGGGAGAGCGUGCAUCAACAAUACGAGUUGGUCAAGUCGAGAACUUCAAAUGACAAUUCUCCUUAUGGUUCCCAUGUCAUGCAAUAUGGUGAUAUGCCACUCAGCAAGGACAUGCUUGCCAUGUAUAUGGGUACCAAUCCAGCGAAUGAGAACUUCACUUUUGUGGACCAGAAUGCCAUAAUACCACCCGUUAAAGCUGUUAACCAACGAGAUGCCGAUCUUGUCCAUUUCUGGGAUAAGUAUCGGAAGGCCCCGGAAGGGUCAGCGAGGAAGAUUGAAGCCGAGAAGCAGGUUAUGGAGGCCAUGUCACACAGGAUGCAUGUAGACAACAGCAUGAAACUCAUUGCAAAGCUCCUAUUCGGAAUCAACAAGGGUUCGGAGGUGCUCAGCUCUGUUCGCCCUGCUGGCCAGCCCCUUGUCGACGACUGGAAAUGCCUCAAAACACUGGUAAGGACAUUUGAGACGCACUGCGGGUCGCUGUCCCAGUACGGAAUGAAGCACAUGAGGUCUAUAGCGAAUAUGUGCAAUGCAGGAAUUGGGAAAGAUCAGAUGAACGAGGCCGCGAGCCAGGCCUGUGUCAGCUUUCCUACCAGCCCUUGGAGCUCGCUGCAGGACGGGUUCAGUGCAUAAGUAAGCUGUGGAUUUGCUCUGUUAUUGUGUCCAUAAACAACAGUUAAGUGUGGCUAAAUAGAAAGAAGUCGGUUUGUUGGGAAUGGGUUUUGCUAGCGGGCUUUGCACUCUCCUGUAAAUAAGAAGUUGAACCCUUUGCAUGCAGUUAUCUCCUACCUACUAUCUGCUGCUCUGUGUAAAGAAAGCAUUAUCUUAAAG